CUCCCCUCUUUAGUUUGAUCCAAAUCCAACAUGUUGUUUUCAGUUAUUCUCCUGGGCCUCUGUAUUUUCUUCCUUCUUCUCCAGCUCAAACCUCAGAGACCCAAAAACUUCCCACCAGGACCCCCCACUCUGCCUAUACUGGGAAACCUUUUGUACCUGAACUUGAAGAACCCCUUAAAGGACUUUGAGAGGCUAAGGCAGUCCUACGGAAAUGUCUACAGCAUUUUCUUUGGUUUAAAACCAGUUGUUAUGAUCAAUGGAUUUCAGGCCAUGAGGGAAGCAAUGAUAGUCAAAGCUGUUGAUUUUGCUGGACGGCCCCAAGACAUGUUUAUGAAUGAUGUUAUUCAAAGAAAGGGUGUAAUUAUGGCUGAUUAUGGCUCAGUUUGGAGAGAUCAUCGUCGCUUUGCUCUGAUGACAUUGAGAAACUUUGGUCUUGGGAAGAAAUCCAUGGAGGAAAGAAUUCACGAAGAGGUUGAAUGCACAAUUGAGACACUGGAGAAAAACAUAGGUAAAACCCUGUGUCCUCAAUUUAUGUUCCAUAAUGCAGCCUCCAACAUUAUCUGCAGGGUUUUGUUUGGAACCCGUUAUGAAUAUGAAGAUGAGAUAAUCCAAACUAUUGUUAAGUGCUUUACUGACUUGACCAGGAUGGCCAAUGGAAUGUGGGCUAUGUUGUAUAACUCCCUCCCUUUCAUUCGCCCACUGCCCCUGCCCUUUAGGAAGGCCUUUAAGGACAUUGAGGUUUUUCUGAGUAUUGCAGUUGGUUUGGUGAAUGAACACAAGAAGACCAGAGUCCCUGGAGAGCCGCGAGAUUUUGUGGACUGCUAUCUCGAUGAACUGGAUAAGGAAGAAGAGGGAUCUUCUUUUUCUGAAGAACAGCUGGUAAGGCACACCUUUGAUCUUUAUAUUGCUGGGACGGACACCACCUCCAACACUCUUCUCACAGGCUUUCUUUACCUCAUGAACUACCCUCAAAUUCAAGAACGAUGUCAGCAGGAGAUUGACCAGGUCCUAAAGGGGAAGGAGAGAGUCUCUUUUGAUGACAGACACAACAUGCCUUAUAUGCAGGCUGUGAUCCAUGAAAUUCAGAGGAUUGCCAACACUCUUCCUCUCGGUGUCCUCCACAGCACAACUAGAGACACAGAGCUUAUGGGAUACUUUAUUCCUAAGGGUACAACAAUCGUCCAGAACAUGAUUUCUGUCCUGAGUGAGGAAGGACAGUGGAAAUUCCCUCAUGAAUUUAACCCUGAAAACUUCUUGAAUGAACAGGGAAAGUUUGUCAAACCAGUGGCCUCUAUACCUUUUUCUGCGGGACCUCGGAUGUGCCUUGGAGAGGGUCUGGCUCGUAUGGAGCUCUUCCUCUUCAUAGUGACACUGCUGAGGAAGUUUAACUUCAUCUGGCCAGAAGAUGCUGGUGAACCAGACUUUACUCCACUAUAUGGAAUAACUCUGACUCCUAAACCUUAUCCCAUGAAGAUCCAGCUGAGACAAAAACAAUGA